AUGUCCUCCAGCAAAGAUACCAUUGGGUUGUUUGGUGACGCCAAGAUUUUUGAAAUUAAAAAUUCAGAUGACGAAGGCUCCUCCAACAAGGUCACCAAAAAGAGGAAGCUGAGAAGAUUGGUGAAAGCGUCCGACGCAAGUGCCAAGGCUAAAAAGAAGAAGACUCCCAUCCCCGAGGAGGUAGAGAAGCAGGUCGAGGAUCCAGUCCCGAUCGAGGUGGACAAAGAAAAUGAUCCACCCAAGGCCACCUCUCCAAUCGUUGAAGAGGUGGAGGCUCCCGUACCUGAGGACAAGGUGCCCGAGGUGGUUCCGGUGACGGAGCGGCAUCCGGAGUGGUUCAAGCCUAUUAAAGUUACUCUCGAUAAGAAGAGCACCGAGGACACCGACGGUUCCUCGACAUUCACAGCUUCCGCUGCCAUAUACCAUUUUGGGGACAAUAGGAUUGAGUGCCCCAUCAUCGAGAAAGUCGCCGAGGCUCUGACGGAGGAAGAGUCGCUGAAAAUGCUGACUACGGUGAUGGCUAGCAUUCUUAUGCGUGAGAAGACCUUGAAACGAGAUAUUCAUAGCCUGCAAGCUGAGAGAGGGGGUCCUGGAACAAGAAGGUAA